AUGUCCACUCUGUCCACUCUGUCCUCCUUGACGCGCUGGACCACUAAUUCUCCUGUUUCCAGAGGAACUUUCUGUCUGCUUAUCCACGGCAUCCACUCUUUUUCAGCCACUGGGUCCCCGUCUAAAAAUACCCAACGACUUGUCUGGGGCACUGGUAGGGACAUCCCGCACAGGGAAGAGUCAGUUGGUCGACUGACCUGCUUCUACUCUGUACAUGGGACCGACGAUGCCACUGCAGCCGCCAGAGUCUGUGCAUCGGAUGUCCACUAUGCUACAGCCAGCAAUGGAGUCUCUCCCAGAGCCUACAGUACCUAA